AACCGGUCUGGCAAGUUUUACUUUUUCCUUAACUCAAACACACGCGUGCACCAUCUGCCCUGCUUGCUUUCUGCUCUCUGACACACACUAAAGACAUUGCUGACUGCAUUCUGACUCUGUCCUGACUCAAACUUUACAAUUAAAGAGGAAACCAUUGCUGUUGAGUUUAGUGAGGCAACCACAGACAUAAUCCUGGAUCAUGUAGAGACAUGCCGUAUCGUGUCCCUGGAAUCCGUAUCCAAAGUGUUAAUGUGGAAGUAUACUGGCAAUAAGUCCAUUCAUCUACUUCAAAGCAAACCAGUGCAGGAAAUAAGAAACCAUAUAAAACCGCUGAAGUUUUUAAUUUCAAAGGAUGUCAAAUGACGCCGUACAGCCCUCUCCACGGAGAAUAAUAAAGCUGGCUGCAACUCCUGGCACACCAAGUCGCAACCCAGAGCUCAGUUGUCCAGUCAAAUCAUCCCCAGGGAUACGCAAACCAAGUGCGGUGGAACGUUUGGAAGCAGACAAGGCCAAGUACGUCAAGACUCAACAGGUGGCUUUGAAAAAGCAGCACCCAGUCACUUGUUCCUCCAACAACAACCAGAGUGGACAAGCUGCUCAACAGCCAUCGAGGAAGAUCCCUGUAAAACCCACCAAGUCCGAAACGCCACCCCUUAACCUGGAACAUCUUUGCAAACUGAUCGAUGGAGUCGGCGAUACCACCGUUCCGGUCAUUUCUACACAAACCAACAGCACUGGGAAAGAUCAAGAUGCUACAGACACAUGCAAGGCCAACUCUCCAACAAAAAGUCAGUUGGAAGAACCUUCUGUCGGGUCAACUUCAAGUCAAGGAAAAGCUGUAGUAGAAGCCUCUGGGGUUAACGGAUGUCCUACCAUGACGGUGCGGAGAGUCGAUGUCAGACCGCAGUUACCUCAAAUGAGGAUGGUCGGUAGACCACAGCUACAGAACCGCUCACAGGUCCAACUGUCCACGUCGCAGGUCCCGAUAAAACUUCUGCGCUUGCUUAGACCAUACACACAGCAAAAUCAGCAACCAAUUGAUUUCAAAAGGCUCUACAAUGUCACAAACGUCAACCGAGGACCUAUUAAACCACCAAACUGUGCUGCACAAACCUCACCUUCUUCUAAAUCCCCAUCUGGCCCUCUCCCCAUAAAACCAAACACAGAACCAUUAUCGUGUACCUCUCCGACCCAAAAUACUCCAACCUCCGUUGAUUCGUUCCUAGCCAAAAAUGACAUCCAGUCCCCACCAUCGCCAGCCAUCACUCGGCUCUCCUCAACAAGCUCCAGGAAGCGUCCUUCACUGACGCGCUCAAAAUCUGAUGUCAGCGACUGCUUUUCACGAGCCGGGGUAGAGCUCGAGCGCUUCUUUAAUUACUGUGGCCUUGACCCAUUGGAUUUAGAGGAGCUGGGAACACCAGGUUCUGACAUUGUGUCCGUUUCACGUCUUCGUAGCGCCAGUGCCCCAGCAUCCGAGCAUACAGCUGAGGGUGAAGACGAGGAAGAAGAAGCAGCAAAAGAUGAACGUCCUGUUUAUGGCGUUUCCGUCAUUGAAAGAAAUGCUCGAGUGAUCAAGUGGCUUUAUGGAAUGCGCCAGGCCAAAGAGAGUCCUAAAGUGGCCAAUAUGUAACAGGCAACAAGGGACUAACAACCACAAUUAAGACUGAAAUCAAACAUGAUGUACAAAGUGCUUACUGUGCUUUUCCCAUUCAGUAUUUUGUCUGUUAUAUACUUUAGAGUUGUCUAUAGUUGAAUCUACUGUGUUUGUGUGUCAUUUAUAUUAAUUUAAGCUUGGUGGUCAUUAGCAUGACUGUAGCCACAUGUGUUCUCAAAUACUGACCAUGCUUUCAUAGGGUAAACGCCAAUAAACCUUUAAGCACAA